AUGAAGCUGCUGCAUAACGAAGAGCAAGCUACACCAGGCCAGAUCCAUGAAUACCAGCAGAAAACCGGCUCAGCUCUAUUUCCAACAAUCAUUACCAGGCCUGAUGCAGCCCUAGCCGUCAACGAGCUUGCAAGAUUCUCUAGGAACCCAUCGCCAAGUCAUAUGGAAGCGAUUAAUCAAGUCAUUGCCUACCUAUAUCAUACACGAUAUCUAGCGCUUGAAUUCAGCGCAAGUGAGUAUGCUGAUGAGAUCUUCAUAUGCACGAGUGAUGCCUCAUUUGCCAAUAAUGAAGACAGAAAAAGCACCGGAGGUUACCUAUGCAAGCUCUUUGGGGCUCCAAUUGAAUGGAAAUCCGGCAAGCAACGAGCUGUCACGACCUCUACAACAGAAGCGGAAUAUGUCGCUCUAGCAGAAGCUGCUAAGGCAACAUAUUGGUGGCGUCGAGUUUUCAAAUCAUUGGAAUUUGACCCUGGUCAUACAUUUGCUGUAUAUUGUGAUAACAAGCAAACUAUUGACCUGCUUGUAAAGGAUACAGCGCAACGAAGCAAGCUACGCCAUGUUGAUAUCAACAGAUCAUGGCUCCGGCAGGAGGUCCAGGAAGGGAGACUUCAUAUCAAAUGGAUCCCUACCAAUCAGAUGACAGCGGACGGCUUUACCAAGCCUCUCCCUGUUCAAAAACACCAAAAAUUCAUCAAGAUGCUCAAUCUGGUCGAUAUCAAGGACCUCAUCCAUGACCAGAUCGGCUGCUCUAUAGAGCUAGAUUUUGAUGCUGGUAAUUACGUCGAUCCGGAUGCUCUAUAUGAGAGCUGCUGCAGAUUUAUGAUGCUUGAUCUUCCAAGUACUGGAGUGUCCAUCAAGCUCCGGUUCCCUCUGGAACGGAUGCUCUCGACCCCUCCAAUUUCCGUUCCCCCAUCCUCUUCCCGCCAGCGUCGAGCAUCCUUCGCGUCUGGGCUCUCUUUCCCUGAGUAUAAGCCAGGCAAUCAGGGUUUAGCCAGCCCUCCAACCGGUUCCAUGGCCAGUACUAUGGCCAAUGCUCAAGCAAACCAGAGACGCAGGCUGUCCAUCACGACCCUGGGCCUGUCCGGCUCUCCAACUCAGACUUUGCCGUAUGGGAACCGAAACUUUCGGCAGGGUAGCAUCUCAAGCUCCGUGGGAUCUAGCCCCGGGAACCCCGAAGAAGCCAUCGCAGAAGAUGAAAACUCGCCUCCUGGCACCAUGCCGAGGUCUCCAUUUGUUCGCCGACUUUCUUUCGGUGCCCAGGCGCUGCGAGAUGCCCGCGCUGGAAGCAUCGGCAACGGCGAGGGCUUCAACUGGUCUGAAGCUCUUCGAGCAAGGGCCGAACGCGGCCCUUUAUCUCCAAAUUCAGCCCAGGCCCAGCAGGCCCCGCAGACCCAGCACCGCCGGUCUGCAUCCGUUGCGUCCCUGGAUCUGCCCGCACGGGAAAUGCCCAAGCAACCUAAACAAGUCAAUAAACCCGACUUUUUCCAGGAGAAGAUCCUCAGAGGCGACUUUAUGGACUGAUAGUCACUAUCCGUGAAUUCACGGGCUGCUGAGAAAGCGCAUUGAUUCUCGCUAGAGGAGUCCAGGAUACGCC